AUGGGAUCUCACUUUGGUGUAGUACAACCAAUUUUCACGGAUUUCUAUGAAUUGACAAUGUCGUAUGCCUAUUGGAAAGCUGGAAAAGCCAAUGAUAAUGCAACUUUUGAAGUGUUUUUUCGUAAAAAUCCUUUCAAUGGGGAGUUCACUAUAUUUGCUGGUCUUCAGGAUUGUAUUGAGUAUUUAAGUUCGUUUAGAUUCACUCAGGAUGAUGUUGAAUAUUUGCAAAAAAUUAUGCCAUCAACUGUUGAUCCUGAUUUCUUUGAUUAUUUGCUUAGUAUUGAUACAAAGGGAUUAUUGUUAUGGUCUGUUAAAGAAUGUUCAGUUGUUUUUCCAAAAGUCCCUAUUAUGCGAAUUGAAGGACCAGUAGUACUAUGUCAACUUGUAGAAUCUACAUUAUUGAAUUUGGUUAAUUAUGCGAGCCUAGUGACUACGAAUGCUACACGUUACCGUCUGGCUUGUGGUCCAAGUAAAAAAUUAUAUGAAUUUGGUUUACGUCGUGCUCAAGGACCAGAUGGUGCACUCUCAGCUUCAAAGUAUGCAUAUUUAGGAGGUUAUGAUGGAACUAGUAAUGUUCUAGCUGGGAAAAUAUAUGGAAUUCCAGUUGUUGGGACACAUGCACAUUCAUUUGUGUCAGCUUUUCAAUCUUCUUAUGAAGGGGAAUGUAUAAAUGAUUUCGGAAAAUUCAGAAGAGAAGCCGCCGAUCUAAAUAACUCAUAUGAUGAUCACCUUUUAGACUUAAACCGUCAACCAAUGAAAUUGAAUGAAUUUUUGAAACGUUGUUGGUAUUGGUCUGCUAGUUUAUCUCGUGUAUUAAAAUAUCAUUCAGAUCAAAUACAUCCAGGUGAAUUAAAUGCAUUCGCCAAUUAUGCUAUUGCAUUCCCGACAAAAUUUCUUGGUUUACUUGAUACAUAUGAUGUGUUAAAAUCAGGUUUACCAAAUUUUUGUGCAGUUGCAUUAGCUCUUCAUGAAUUUGGUUAUCAAGCUAUUGGUAUACGUAUUGAUAGCGGUGAUAUAGCCUACUUAUCAUUGAAAAUUCGUAAUACGUUUCAGCUAAUCAGUUCACACUAUAAUUUACCUUGGUUUGCACAACUUCAAAUACUUGCCAGCAAUGAUUUAAACGAAGAUACAUUACAUUCUUUUAAUCAACAAGAUCACUCAAUUGAUGCAUUUUGUGUUGGGACAAAUCUAGUCACCUGUCAAAAACAACCAGCCUUAGGAUGUGUAUAUAAACUUGUUGAAAUUAAUGGAACUCCAACAAUGAAACUUAGUGCUGAUUUUGAAAAACUUACUUUGCCAGGAAAAAAAGUAGUUUAUCGUUUAUAUAGUCAGCAAGGUGAAGCAUUACUGGAUUUAAUGAGACGCUCACAUGAAGAUUCUCCAAACGUUAAUGAACGUAUUCUUUGUAGACACCCAACUCAAGCAUCGAAACGUGUUUUUGUUGUACCCGGAAGAGUUGAACCAUUACUCAAGUUAUAUUGGAAUUAUGGAAAAUUAGUUAAACCAUUGCCGACACUGAAUGAAUCUAGAGAAUACGCUAUGAAUGAAUUAAACACUCUAAGACCAGAUUAUAAACGUAUAACUAAACCGACGCAAUAUAAAGUUUCAGUUUCGGAUGAAUUAUAUCAAUUCACUCAAGAAUUAUGGCUUAGUAUUACACCAAUUGGUGAAAUUAGUUAG